AUGACGUACCACUGAGCGCUGUGUGUGUUUGCUUGACGUCGCCUGGCUGUGGAAGGAAAUCGUUGUAUGUUGAACUGGUGAGCAGAGCCGGUCAUCCUCGGGGCUUCCCCAUCAGCAUCACAACCACAGAGGCCCUGAUCUUCACAACCCCUCCUUGUCUUCCAGGUCUGUUUUGGAUUGCCAAAAUGGUUUUAGCAGAUCUUGGGAGAAAGAUCACCUCGGCGCUGAGGUCUCUCAGCAAUGCCACCAUCAUCAAUGAGGAGGUGCUGAAUGCAAUGUUGAAGGAGGUGUGUGCUGCUCUACUAGAGGCCGAUGUCAACAUCAAGCUGGUGAAACAGCUCAGAGAAAAUGUUAAGUCUGCCAUAGAUCUAGAGGAGAUGGCAUCUGGACUGAAUAAGAGAAGGAUGAUUCAGCAUGCCGUGUUCAAGGAACUGGUGAAGUUGGUAGACCCUGGUGUUAAAGCCUGGACUCCCACCAAAGGGAAGAACAAUGUGAUCAUGUUUGUUGGUCUGCAAGGAAGCGGCAAGACCACAACCUGCUCUAAGUUGGCAUAUUACUACCAAAGAAAAGGCUGGAAAACCUGUCUAAUCUGUGCUGAUACCUUCAGAGCUGGUGCCUUUGACCAGCUCAAACAAAAUGCAACAAAAGCCAGAAUUCCCUUCUAUGGAAGUUACACAGAGAUGGACCCGGUUGUCAUAGCAGCAGAGGGUGUGGAGAAGUUUAAAACGGAGAACUUUGAGAUCAUCAUUGUGGACACCAGUGGCCGCCACAAACAGGAAGAUUCUCUGUUUGAGGAGAUGCUCCAGGUCUCCAAUGCUGUGCAACCAGACAACAUCGUGUAUGUGAUGGAUGCAUCUAUUGGCCAGGCCUGUGAGGCUCAGGCUAAAGCCUUUAAAGACAAGGUGGACGUGGCAUCAGUCAUCGUCACCAAACUGGAUGGCCAUGCUAAAGGAGGAGGAGCUCUCAGCGCGGUUGCUGCUACUAAGAGUCCCAUCAUCUUCAUAGGAACAGGAGAGCAUAUUGAUGACUUCGAGCCAUUUAAGACGCAGCCGUUCAUCAGCAAGCUGCUGGGUAUGGGCGAUAUCGAAGGUCUGAUUGAUAAAGUUAACGAGCUCAAACUGGAUGACAACGAGGAGCUGAUAGAUAAACUCAAACACGGUCAGUUCACGCUCAGAGACAUGUACGAACAGUUUCAGAACAUCAUGAAGAUGGGUCCAUUCGGACAGAUCAUGGGAAUGAUUCCAGGGUUUGGCACCGACUUCAUGAGUAAAGGGAAUGAACAGGAGUCUAUGGCCAGGCUGAAAAAGCUCAUGACCAUCAUGGACAGCAUGAACGACCAGGAGUUGGACAACAAAGAUGGCGCCAAGCUGUUCAGUAAGCAGCCUAACAGGAUCCAGAGGGUGGCGCGGGGGUCAGGGGUCGCAGCACGAGAUGUCCAGGAGUUGCUGACGCAAUAUACCAAGUUUGCCCAGAUGGUAAAGAAGAUGGGUGGCAUAAAGGGCCUGUUCAAAGGAGGCGACAUGUCGAAGAAUGUUAACCCGUCCCAGAUGGCUAAACUCAACCAGCAGAUGGCCAAGAUGAUGGACCCUCGAGUUCUCCACCACAUGGGUGGGAUGGCAGGACUGCAGUCGAUGAUGCGUCAGUUCCAGCAGGGAGCUGCUGGCAACAUGAAAGGAAUGAUGGGCUUCAACAACAUGUGACUGCAGACAGGCCAGCCUGAAGACACAGCCACCGUGUCUACCCGUCUGUCUACCUGCAUAUGGAGGAGGGGAGACAGGAGAGGAGAGAGGUGUUAUUAAUCCAUGGAGAGGAGGAAAGGCUAGUUUGAAAUAAAUCUGAUAAAAUCUCAGCUCAGUGGUGUGUCCUCUGUGCUGGACAGCAGCUGUGCUCCUUUUCAAUGGAGCACAGCUGCUGUCCAGGACAUGAAUGUGUUGGAGAGGAGCAGAGCUGGUGAGGAGUUAAUGAAACUUUUUGGUAUUUAACCCUGGAGAGGAGAAUCCUUUAACUUCAUUGUGUAUAAGAUUAUACAGAUGCUUCUCUAUCUGCUGGGGUGUUAUAAACAUGAUUAUGAUGGAGGACGCUGGCCUCAACGGCAGAAACCAUUCCCUUCCUGAAUUGAGAAAGUUGCAAUGGAUGAUAUGACAGAAUUAGUUUGACAAUAUUUUUGUCAUGUUAUAAUAAACAUUUGUAUU